AGACUCUGCUGUUCCAGUCCCGCCCCUGAGUUCUGUCAUGGCGACGUCCAGUACUCCAGCCGGUGUGAGGACCCGCUAUGCUGGGGUUUUUGUCCGCGCGACAAACGGGUUUGGAGGACCCUCUUCGCCUUCGGAGAGCAGAGUCAACACGGAGAGUUUUGGGACUGGAAUUAAAUAAAGACAGAGAUGUUGAAAGAAUCCACGGCGGUGGAAUUAACACCCUUGACAUUGAACCUGUUGAAGGGAGAUACAUGUUAUCAGGUGGUUCAGAUGGUGUGAUUGUACUUUAUGACCUUGAGAACUCCAGCAGACAGUCUUAUUAUACAUGUAAAGCAGUGUGUUCCAUUGGCAGAGAUCAUCCUGAUGUUCACAGAUACAGUGUGGAGACGGUACAGUGGUAUCCUCAUGACACUGGCAUGUUCACAUCAAGCUCAUUUGAUAAAACUCUGAAAGUAUGGGAUACAAAUACAUUACAAACUGCAGAUGUAUUUAAUUUUGAGGAAACAGUUUAUAGUCAUCAUAUGUCUCCAGUCUCCACCAAGCACUGUUUGGUAGCAGUUGGUACUAGAGGACCCAAAGUACAACUUUGUGACUUGAAGUCUGGAUCCUGUUCUCACAUUCUACAGGGUCACAGACAAGAAAUAUUAGCAGUUUCCUGGUCGCCACGUUAUGACUAUAUCUUGGCAACGGCAAGUGCUGACAGUAGAGUAAAAUUAUGGGAUGUGAGAAGAGCAUCAGGAUGUUUGAUUACUCUUGAUCAACAUAAUGGGAAAAAGUCACAAGCUGUUGAAUCAGCAAACACUGCUCAUAAUGGGAAAGUUAAUGGCUUAUGUUUUACAAGUGAUGGGCUUCACCUCCUCACUGUUGGUACAGAUAAUCGAAUGAGGCUCUGGAAUAGUUCCAAUGGAGAAAACACACUUGUGAACUAUGGAAAAGUUUGUAAUAACAGUAAAAAAGGAUUGAAAUUCACUGUCUCCUGUGGCUGCAGUUCAGAAUUUGUUUUUGUACCAUAUGGUAGCACCAUUGCUGUUUAUACAGUUUACUCAGGAGAACAGAUAACUAUGCUUAAGGGACAUUAUAAAACUGUUGACUGCUGUGUAUUUCAGUCAAAUUUCCAGGAACUUUACAGUGGUAGCAGAGACUGCAACAUUCUGGCUUGGGUUCCAUCCUUAUACGAACCAGUUCCUGAUGAUGAUGAGCUUUUGCAUCAAGCAGGUGGAAGAUACAGGCUGUUUAAAGGUGGUUUCUGUCCCACAAGGUUUAUUCUCCUAAGCACUCUUAAUCAUCCUCAUUUAUCUUAAUUUCUACAAUAUAAAAAAUCCAAAUGCAAUGUCUAAAAACAAAGUUUAUAUAUAUAUGUGUAUAUUUCUUUAAUUUGGAAAUAUAGAUAAUGUAGUUAUAAAUACCUUAAGGUAAUCUUAACCAAGUCAUAGUAAAAGCAUCUUAAAUGGAGGUGGAGGAAAACUUACUGGUAAAGCACUUUUGAUGUUCAGAAAACAUUUUUCAUAUACUGUGUUUAGUUCCUUCAUAAAACUAGGACUAUGUCAAAAACCACAUGAAAAUAUAAUUUGUAUAAAGGUAGUUGAUAGCAUCUCAGAGCUAUUGACAAUAUGUAUUUCAUACCUAAAUUUUCAACUGCUAGGGUUUACUACAGUACAAACCUGUGAAUUAUUUUCUUUUGUCCUUAAUCCAAAGAAAGAGAAAAAAAAUACGCUUUGAUAAAUCUUUAAGUAGCCAGCCAAUGCCAUAUGCAUACUUCCAGAUUUUAUCACAUGUCUAAUUUGGUUUAUUGUGGCUUGAUUAACUUUAGCAUACAGCUGCUUUUGAUGUCAGAAUAUUCUUCUGUAUAAAGCUUAGUAUGGUCAAAUAAUUAGAUUUAGCCAUUUAUUUUACAUUUCAUUAUGUAAUUAUUGUGUCUUGCUCUUUGGGAAUUGCUGUAUACAUUAAAACCAAGUUAUAACACUGUAAGCCAUGUUAGGAAGUUAACAUUUUAUUUACCAAAUGAAAACAUUAAAAAUGAAUGAAAAAUAAAUCUAUAGUGACUUAUGUAUAGAAAAGGAUGUUAGAAGAAUACUAAAUUGUUUAAUUCAUAAAGAUAAUAUGUGGCCAGGUGUGGUGGCUCACAUCUGUAAUCCCAGCACUUUGAGAGGCUGAAGUGGAAGAAUCACUUGAGU